AUGGCGCAUACUAAGAUAGUAAAUGAAACAGCAAUAACUACAUUUUUUCUUCUGGGAUUUGGCAAUGCCCCUGAACUUCAGAUUCCUCUCUUCUUGGUUUUCCUAAUAAUCUACAGUGUGACCAUGGCUGGAAACCUCAUCAUCAUUGUGUUAGUAAUCAUGGAUCAUCACCUUCACAUCCCCAUGUACUUCUUCCUUGGAAACUUGUCCUGCUUGGAAACCUUCUACACUUCAACUCUUCUGCCCACGAUGUUGGCCAGCCUUCUGACAGGGGACAGAACCAUUUCUGUCCGGGGCUGCUUCAUCCAGCUUUAUUGUAUUGGUUCACUUGUGAUUGCAGAAUGCUAUCUACUGGCAUCAAUGUCAUAUGAUCGGUAUUUGGCAAUAUGCAAGCCCCUCCAAUAUGCAACCCUCAUGAACAGAAGACUCUGCAUUCUAUUGACAGCUGCGUCUUGGCUUUGGGGGACAACAGUUAUGACUUUAGUAAUGAGUUUGAUGUCACAGCUGAAAUUCUGUGGUCCCCAUGAAAUUGACCAUUUCUUUUGUGACCUCACACCACUGAUUAAUCUAUCAUGCAGUGACACGACUCUGGUGACACUGGUGGGACUCACAGCCUCUGUCAUAGAUAUUGUUCCUCCCUUUCUUCUGACCUUGACGUCUUACGUGUGUAUAAUUGCUGCCAUUGUAAAAAUCCCCUCUUCAGAUGGGAGAAAAAAGGCCUUUUCCACCUGUUCUUCCCACCUCAUGGUAGUUUCCAUAUUUUAUGGUUCGUUGAUAUCUGUAUAUGCGCUGCCCAAAAAAGAAGCUCUGAAAGAAGUGGACAAGAUCUUCUCUGUCUUCUACACCGUCUUAACCCCUCUAAUUAAUCCCCUUAUCUAUAGCCUAAGAAACAAAGAGGUUAAAAAAGCUUUAAGGAGAGUCGUAAGCAAAUAUGGGAUUUCCAAGUGA